AUGUACCACCAUCAGUCGACACCUACAGUCCUUUGUGGAUCAUCCAUCAAUCACUUUGCAACAAUGAAAUCCAUCGUGUUGGUGUCUUUUCUGGUCGCGGUCAGCUACGCCGCUCCUCAAGCUCCAUCUGAGCCCAUACCUAUCGUGCGACAGGACAGCCAAGUCAACGGAGAUGGCUCCUACCAGUAUUCGUUCGAAACUGGCAAUGGGAUCAGCGCGGAUCAGAAGGGGGACCUAAAGAAGGUAGGCGACGUCGAAGCUCUGGAGGUCCAGGGGCAGUUCCAGUACCCCGGUGAUGAUGGCAACAUCCAGUUGACAUAUACUGCUGAUGAGAAUGGCUUCCAACCGCAAGGAGCUCAUUUGCCCACGGCUCCACCAGUGCCGGAAGCUAUUCAACGCGCGCUCGCCUACAUUGCCACAGCGCCUCCGCAAACAGCGCCUGCCUCUCAAUAA